AAAUUGUCAAAAAUAUUCAAAGGGAUGUGUUGUUAUUGAGAUAGUAAUUUUUGGUUAUGGUGCCACGUAAUUUGUCAUUAUUUUAAUAAAGUAAAUUAUGGGAAACUCAGAAAGUGUAGAUAUUCCUGGUGGUGGAUCGGAAGGAUAUCAUAUACUUCGAGUACAAGAAAACUCCCCUGGAAGUAAAGCAGGUUUACAACCGUUUUUUGAUUUUAUUGUAUCUAUUAAUGGAAUUCGUCUAGAUAGAGAUAAUGAUACUCUUAAGACCAUACUUAAAAAUGGAAUAGGUAAACAAAUUCCUAUGACUGUAUACAGUUAUAAGUCUCAAAGUGUGAGGACAUUAACAAUAGAACCAAGUGAUACUUGGGGUGGACAAGGACAUUUGGGUGUCAGUAUAAAGUUCUGUUCUUUUGAGGUUGCAAAAGAAACUGUCUGGCAUAUCCUUGAAGUUCAUCCAAACUCACCAGCGGCCAUAGCAAAACUACGACCUUUCACAGAUUAUAUAGUAGGUUCAGAUUCUGUGUUACAUGAAAGUGAAGAUCUAUAUAACUUAAUUGAAAGUCAUGAUGGAGUUCCUCUCAAGUUUUAUGUAUAUAAUUCUGAUGAUGAUACAUGUAGAGAAGUAACGAUAACUCCUAAUUCACAAUGGGGUGGAGAAGGUAUGUUGGGGUGUGGUAUAGGGUAUGGUUACCUCCAUCGAAUACCUGUAAGAAAUGUGGUGCAACCACCACCAACUACAACAAUAUUUAGUCAAGUUCCAACUAUAUCACCACCUAGUGACAAACAAAGUGAGAUACCCAGCAAUGCUACCACCGAAUCAAUCAAUACAUUAAUUCAAAAUACAGAAAAUUUGAAAAUACAACCUUGUCAAUUAGCCGAAGAAUCACAACUCGCUACUACUUCUAAUAGUACUGUUCAACAAAAUGCACCAGUAUAUACAUCUAAUGUACCAGCACCAUCGUCCAUUCCUAAUUUUAAUAUUAAUUUUCAAACUGUCGCUCCUACCAGCAAUGAUAUGAGUAACUCUAAUAUUCAAAACACAGCUACAUCUCAACCUCAGGUUUCUUUGUAUUCACCGCAACCAAUUGUAACACCGGCUAUGUAUAAUCCUGCUGAUUAUUCUGUUAAUAAUAUUAACCCAACUGUAUAUCCAGUGUAUUCAUAUCCCCUGGAGCAGUCUAGCAAUGUCCAAACAAAUGUACAUCCCCCAAUGCAAACUAACUAUCCCCAAACUUACAUUCUGCCUCAAGCGCAACCCAGUAACAAAUUGUAUGGUACACCUGCAUCAAAUUCAACUCUACCGCCACCGCCUUUAUCAGGUUUUCAAAACCAACCUAUCAUUUUUGACCCUCAUAUAGCUGCACAAUCGGCACAACAAUUAUUGAGUGGCGCAGCUGCGCCAUCUAGUAAAUCAGGCCCAGAGAUUAUGUAAUUUGAUAGUAUUUUUAAUAUUGACUUUUUACAAUCUUUAUAUUUUAUUGGUGUUCAUGGGAUUUGGAGUUAAAGAAAAUACAUUUUUUUGUUAUAUCAACUGACUUUCUGUGUAACAGUGGAAAGAUAAUUUUGGAGAUAAAUUUUAUCCAACAAGUUGAGGAAUUUAAUUGAGAAUAAUUCUGGGAAAAAAUUUAAUGUUGUCAUACUUUGAAAGUUUAUCACCACUACACCAAUACUUUAAGGAACUAGUACCGGUUAGGGGUGAGGGGGGCAUAAUGAGGACGUUAAAGAAAAUAUACAGUAAAAUAAUUAACAUAAUGUAUUUAUUAAUGAACACUAGUCACAAUACCUUGGUUACUUAUUAAACUCAUAAUCAUUUGGCAUAGAAUUUGGUGAUGUAAAUAAUCAUUUGACGUAAUAAUUUUAAUUUUUUGAAACUCUAAUGAAAACCCCAUCGCGCCCUAGGGUGGGGCAGUAUUUAUUUUGCAUCACAGUACAAGCAGAUGUGGAUUUCUUCUGUAUUCUCGUCGUCUCUACUAGCACAAGCUGUAUGAGCCCACCCAAACUUCCGAAGACUUUAAAUAAGUGUCAAGGCAGUACAGGCACAUGGUAUGCUCGAUGGCAUUUUCUACACCAGAGGAAGCUUUUUGGGUCUUCUGUUUCUUGGAGUUCUUCUUUAACUUGGGGUCAUUUGGAUUAGAACAAUUUUUCGUUCUUAUAAGUUGUUCUCGUUUUUCUAACUCAAUUUUGUAGGGGUUCGAAGUGAGAACAACAGUUUUCCCCCGGCGAUAGUUAUUUCUCGUUUGGUUUCUUUGUUUGACUGUCGGGACCGCGAGAAUUUCUUGAGACGAAGCAUUUGCAAACGAAGUUCGAAUUGGAGAUUGGAUUAGGCUAUGUUCAUUAAGUUUUGAUGGUACAGACUGAGGCUGAGAUGUUGUUAAAGCAGGCAAAUAUGCUUUAAAUGGAUGUUCUUCAAGAAUAGUUGGCGAUUACUUCUGGAUUCGGACAUUUAAAGGACCUGUUUCAGACUCAUUAUUUGCUAGUGGUACGUCUGUGGUUGAUACAGUUAAAAACUUUGCAUUUGUAAAUUUAUUCCAAUUGAAAGACCAUAUGUCACAUUUUUUGAAGGGAUUGAUGGAUGUAGACAUUGUUGCAGCUUGAAUAUAUGCAUUUGCAAAUAUUUCGCUUAUUUGAAAUGUUGAAAUUAUUUGUCCCGAGUGUGAUCUUAACCAAUUGGAGCAGGCUUGGUCAUAGUGUACAUAUAAAGGUUUCAUAAAGCCAAAUUUUUAGGGUUGGAGCCUAUGGGUGCAAUGCGAGGGACAGCAAAGCAUUACAACGCCAUUUUCGCGUGCAUAGGUCAUUAAUUAUAGUUUUUUGUAAGUGUAGGUGGUACUGUCGUGCCUCUCGUCCCCGUUACGCUCCCCUUACUGCUAUAAGGGUUAAAAAUGACGUAUAGUUAAAUUUUUUUUUCUCGUUUUUUUUUUAUUAUUAUAAUUCUAUAUAGAACUUUUUGUUUCUUAUCUUUUGAUAAUAAAGUGUUAGAAAACAUUUUUUUUUUCAUUUCAUAGAAAGCGCCAAAGUUGAGACUUUGAGAAAAUUAUAAACCCCACUGCGCUGAGAUAUCUCGAAUUCGGUAAAUAUGAAACAAAAAUUUCUAAAAGCUUUUUAAAGUGAAAGGUAGCUUAUAUCGUAAUUUACCACCUUUGUAUGAAAAUUUAAAAACAAAAUAAAAUGGUGGCUGUUAAAAUAAAUUGUAAAAUUAACGUUUUUUCACUUUUUUUCACAUGGCAAUUUUUUUCUUCAAAUUUUUUCGCAAUUUUCUGGUAAAUUACGGUAAAAUAAUACAAAUAAAACGCACAAAUUAUUAAAAAAUCUGUCGAUUGCUUACAAAGGGUAACACGUGUAACCUGGAACUAUUAUAACCUUCUUAUUAUUUUGAAUUUCGCUAUGGAAUUUGUGGAGAUGUUUUUUGAAAGUAAAAAGAUCCGAAAAAUGUAAAAAAGUCAAUUUUUUGAAAAUCAUAACCGGGACUAGUCCCUAAGCUGUAAAUGCAGCAAAUUACGAAAGUCCUUAAGGACCAUUGGACAGUGUAAUUGUGAGUGUUGAUUCAGUUUAAAUUAUCAACGAUUUUGGAAAGUCCAUUUUAGUAAACACAAAAUUUGACUCCACUAUGUAAAAUUUCCAUAGUUUAGUUCGUAAUUACAAAAAAAAAUUAUAUAACUUAAGGUUUGUUCUUGGUAGCUGCACUGGAACUGUAUAGAAUUAGUUCGACCGGAUACAAAGAACGAUAUAGUGCAGAGAGCAAUGGAGCAUUUGUUGAUUGUGGUAUUUGAGGUUAUUUGAUGUGAUUCAAGCCUUGUAGUAUUAACAAUAAUGGAAAACGAUUUAGUACAUUUUGAUAUUUUAUAUACGUCCGAUGACGAAGGUGUAGUGCCACCGUUUUUUAUUUAUGUCUAUGAGAUUUUAUUUAAUGAUAAAUUAAAAAUUACUCACCAUCCAAACAUCUUUUACAAUAACAAGCAACAUAUGGAUUCCAUGGCUUCUCUUGAUUCUGAACAGGACAGACAAAAUAUGCUUCUUAGGCUUCACAGAUAUGUCUUUAGUUCAUAUUUUAUGUCUCGAACUUUAAUACAUUUACCAAAUAUAAAACAAAAUGUAUCAGCCUCGUAUUUAAACUUUCUAGAUGACAUUUUAACAUUUUCUAGACAUGUACAAAACAUCUGAUCGUUGUUUAUCACUCGAGUGCCAUCUGGAGGCACGGCGUGAAUGUAAAAACCCUAUUCUGAUCUCACAGUAUUUUAAGUGUAUUUUAACUAAUUGAUAAUUUAUAAAAAAAAAUGAGUAUUAUUUCCAUAACUAUCACAAAAGCAAACUUUAUAUCAAAAAGAGGUAUUUUCUUCUCGUUUUUCUGUAUAAUUGACCGAAAAAUAAUAGUAUAAACUUUUUUGUUGAGUCGUGUAUUUUUACAUUAUUAUUUCUUUAAUAUUUUUCAUACUUUGUGUGAUAUAUUAAAAUAUUUUUCAUUAUGUAAAUAUCUUAAUAAAUAAUCCAGCAAUGUAACAAUUUUUUCAUUAGCAGUAAUAUUGUCACAUAUUCAUGCAUAAUAUAUUUUUAAAAUGGGAUCAAUUGGUUGGAAUUUAGUAAUUUUUUAAAUAUAAAUGUUUAUUAAUCAUUCAUUAUAAUGUAUUGGUACUACAGGAGACAUUAUAAUAUUGGUUGUAAUCUGAUUCGGAAAGGAUUUGGACGUAAGUUGAAUUUUCUCUUCGGAUGAUCUGUAUUCGGUACUGUUUUUAAAAAAUUCUGUUUAAUUCGCUACUGUAAUAUAUAUUUUUCCUUUAGUAUUGAUAUAGUUGGUCAUAUCUUCCUCAGUAGGAUCAAUUCUAUGUCCAUCUGCUAAGAGGGAAGUCUAUCAAUCAUUGUAAUCUUCAUCCUUCGAUUCUUCAUCAGUAAAAGAACUAGGUUCGGUGGAUUGGUUCAAUAUAUACAUUGAGUCCACUAGUAGUUCAUCAGAAUAUGCAAUUUUAAAAGCUUCCUCUAAAGAAAAGCCGCGUUAUAAAACAUGUGAAUAAUUUGCAUAUUAUUUCAUAUCGAAAUUUUGUGUGCCUACAGUUGCUGUAUUCCUACACAUCAAAAUAAACAUCGGUAUUAUAUAUAAUUUUUUUAUAGAAACAUGUAUUUGUGUUUACUUAAAUACCAUAUCAAAAAAAGUAUGAAUAUUUGUUUCGGUUAAAAGAGAAUUUGUACUUACUCGAACCGUAUGUCCAUUCUUAUUUCCACGACCACGAGGAGUUGCAUUAACUUGCUGACAAACAGCUGUUUGACCACUAUCUGCAACUUGCCAUUAAUUGAUAAGAUGUUAUACACAUCCAAGUAAAUAUAUAUGCUGCCAUCUAUCCAAUACUUUCCUAAGCUUUUUUGAAAUUCACGUAAAAUUAUAUGUUUACUGUGGCCAUUUGGAAACACUUGGCCUUGAUGGGUUGAAAAGAAAACGCAAGAAGCAAACUAUUUAUGUAUAUUUAGUUAUUUAUAGAAAUAAACCGAUUGAACAUUUGAAAAUAAUCUGCCGAUAAGAUGUUUUAAAAUGUAUGUUUUCUUGCAAAAUAAUCUCCUAGUUUCAUCAAAUGUUUUAGCCUCUAUUGUAAAUUACAGAUUAUUAUUAUGAAGUAUAUUUAUUGAGUCUAAAAAAUGAAAUUAUAUAUGCUGAAAGACAAAUAAAAGAACAAAGCAAA